AUCAAAGUCAGUCGUCUCUCCCAAACCAACUCGCGAGCGAUCCAUCCUCGCACCUCCAGGUCCUUCUCUCCCAAAACGACAGUCUGGGAAGAGAAGCAGAAGAGAAGCAGAUAAACUCCUAAGGCCCUCCCUUGGUCGUAUCUUUUCUGAGCUGUGAACAUUUGAUUCAAAUUCCACUGAUUUUUCAAGUGAGGAUUGCCUGCCACCAUGCUUUUGGUAGAACGCCUCGAAGCACUAAGUGAAUAACAUUGGCCUUGCAAGUCCUGUUAGGGGUGGAGGCCAUCGCUCUUAGGUUGGAGGCCAUCGCAAGUAUUUUCUCAAGGCCUCCACAGGCGUCGUGGUUGGUGCCAUGUUCUCCCGGCUCGCGCUGCGUUCCACGCCACGGUCGCUGGCAUGUCGGACCGGCGUUCACCGGGCCUUCGCCACAAAACCCAAGUGCGUGAUGCUGAACGCAGCGCGCUUGGACUUUGAUGGUCGCAUGGACUGGGGCAAAGUGACCAACGUCACCGAGUUCACCAGCUAUGACAUCUCGGCCACAGAGGAGAUUGUGCCACGGGCGCAGGGCAUGGACAUCGUGAUGAACAAGGAAUUCCCCAUUCCAGGUGACAUCAUUCGAGCUUUGCCACCUUCUGUCAAGCUCAUCGCUGAGGCUGGCACGGGAUACAACAACAUCGACCUGGACGCUUGUCGUGAGAAGGGCAUCGCCAUUUGUAAUGUGCCCGAGUACACCACGGAGGCCAUGGGCGACUAUGCCAUCACACUGGUCAUGGCGCUCUCAUGCAGUUUGGCUCCACAGAUGAAGGCCUUGGCCAAAGGUGAUCGGAAAUACAUGCACCAAUGCCACUUGGGCCACCUGGACCACUUUGAGAUCCGGGGCAAGACCUACGGCAUCAUUGGCGGCUUAGGCUACAUCGCAUCCAACAUCUCCAAGAAGGCGCUGAACCUCGGCAUGAGGGUCAUCGUUUCAGACAUGCCCUCGACUCCGUUGGGCAUGCGUGAGAGUGGUGUGGAAGUGGUGACCAUGGACGACCUUUUGAAACAAUCGGACUUCAUCAGCCCUAUGGUGCCUUUGAACAAGCACACCAAGGGUCUUCUCAACACAGCUUGCUUCGACAAGAUGAAGCCGACAGCUUACGUCAUCAACACGGCGCGCGGCCCUAUUGUUGACCAGGAUGCUCUGAUCGACGCCCUCCGAAAGAAGAAGAUCGCUGGUGCUGCGCUGGACGUCUUCGGUGAAGGAUCAGCACCUCCACCGCCCUUGCCAGACAACAGCCCAUUGUACGAUGUCUUCAACGAGUUUGAGAAUGUGAUUCUGACGCCCCACAUUGGUUGGCAGCGUGUGGAGGCCCGCCAGCGAGUGGUGGAUGGCUGCGGGGACAACAUCGCCAAGUUCACUCGUGGCGAGGCCAUGAACAUUGACAUGACAACUGGGCUCCCGAUCAGAUGAGCGUAGCACAGCGUACGCUGUUUACCAAGCGACAGCGCAGCACAGUGGUUCGGAGGAGCUGAGCAGCUUCGUUUCCAAGUUUUCCCGAGGACCACCAGGACCACUCCAAUGUAUGAGCGGCUUCCCGAGAGUCCCAUUUCGAGAAAACUGCUCCCAUUUGGACGCAUGACGCGGUGC